CAGCGCGCGCGUCCAACUCCCUUGAGAAAGAAGAGCGUGAACGCGCCUCUAUCCUCCUCGUUGCUACAGUGAAUGCGGGCAUCCAGACGCUUGACUGAGUGCGGCGGUUCUUUACCGAGAGCUCGGAUGCCAAUGCAUGGAAAGGGUUCUGCCGAAGCCGAAAGGGAGAGAAGGCAAAUGUAUUUUCACACGAACGCUCAGGUGUAAGUGAUGCUACUGCAAAUUGAAGUCCUGGAAGUAUAACCGCAGCAGAUUGGGAAUAAACGGAUAGAUCGGCGUUCCCCGUUGCAGAGCGCACUGUGCGUUUGGAAUACAGAGACGCAGCGUGGAAUUACUGGAGCCCUGUUUGUGAACUAAAGUCAAUUCGUUUUCUACCGCAUUUGAUUUUUUAUCGCACUUUUCUUGUGUCCCUUCUUUGUUUUCGCUUCUUUUUUCUUUGAUUCGGUUUAUUGUUUCUCCCCUUCUAUUCUAAUGUUAUUUAGUAUCUGCCCUUUUCAGUUUUUUUAUUUUCUCAUCCUCUGAAAAUUAUCGGAUUCGUUUUUUGCGGGGGUAGAUUUUGGUAAAAGAUACUCAAUCUCAAACUGAGACGUGUCAUGGAUGGCAAAUUGUAUUUGCAUCUACGGAACAAAUCGGGGAAUAUAGAAUAACUACUGCUGACAGAGACAAGGACAAAUGACAUAGGAUGAACACUGCUGGUCAUCUCUGGCUGUCUGUGCUGUCAUCCCUUUUUGCACUGGCCUGGGCCGUGGAGCCGCUGGGUCAGGCUGUCCCCUGCUCCUCUCUGGUGGCUGGGGUCUUAUACGGCUCCUUCUCGCUUAGGGACCUCUUUCCCAGGCCGUCGGCUCUGACAUCUGGAUGCUCCUGGACUGUGGAGAACCCUGACCCCACCAAGUACUCGCUCUAUUUCCGCUUCAAUCGCCAUGCCGGCACGUGUUUAGCUUUUUCCCCGCUGGUGCUGCCCCUGGACCACUACCUCUCAAACCAGACCUGUGGCCCCCCAAACCAGCCCACCUUCCCCUCGGACCCUGAAGCUGUUGAGCUUUGCAUGGUCCCAGGACCCCACACCUUCCUGCAGUUUGAUAAGAACUUUGUGCAGUUGUGCCUGACCACUCAUCCCAACAAAGACGGCGACAACGGAGAUGGGACAUCCGAGGGCCAAGCCCCCUUGUCGGCGGAAACUCUGGACUUCCGGCUCGUAGAGGUUCUGCUCAUUAAUAAUGAGAAUUCGAGUCAGUUUACGUGUGGAGUCCUGUGCCGAUGGUUUGAGGAGUGCUUGCACAUCGGCUCAGGCUGGGAAACCAAGAGCUGCAGUAUCACCCAGACGGGAUGCGUUUGUCCCAACACGGCCCCUCCGGUCUCCCUACUGCCCACUGCUCCCCAUAACCACUCUUUAGACCCCAGCGCGAGUGUGUUGCAAUCCCCACCCGACGACUGUUGUGUCACACAGCUGCAUUCAAAGAAUGGCAUCGCUAUAGCACCCAGGGAUGUCCGGCAAGAACCUGAUGAUGAUGAGCAGAAGGUGAAGACACAAAGGCCGCGAUCAGCUGACCAGCCGGGUGUGUUUCAGGCCCAGACAGGUGACCCAGCAGCAGAGGAGUGGUCUCAGUGGAGCGUGUGUUCGCUGACAUGUGGGCAGGGUUGGCAGGUUCGUUCUCGUUCAUGUGUAUCCUCUCCGUACGGGACCCUCUGCAGUGGCCCGCUGAGGGAAACCCGACUCUGCAACAACACUGCCACCUGCCCAGGUGAGCCGCAGCAUCAAGCAGUGGAGGGGCAGUGGUUGGACUGGGCGGCCUGGUCUCAGUGCUCUGUUACCUGCGACUCUGGAACUCAGCAGAGGCAGCGGCGUUGCAGUGUGUCGGUUCAUGGCUGGGCGGAGUGUAAGGGGCCGCAUGCUGAAACUCGUGAGUGCACCAACCCGUCUUGUGGGGGUGGAGGGAACUGGGGUGCUUGGAAUCACUGGAGCUUGUGCUCCAAGACCUGUGACUCGGGUUGGCAGCGGCGGUUCCGUAUGUGUGAAGGCACAGGAAUCCAGGAUUACCCUUGCGAUGGCUCUGGAGAGGAAGUACGCUCAUGUAAUGACAAGAAGUGCCCAGCACCUCAUGAAAUAUGUAAAGAUGAGUACCAAUUAACCAUGACGUGGAAGAGAGCCUCAGCUGGAGAGACUGUAUACAACAAGUGUCCAUCUAAUGCCACUGGAUCUGCUAGUCGUCGUUGUUUGCUGGACGCUAAUGGAGUUGCUUACUGGGGUCCUCCGAGCUUCGCCCGAUGUGUCUCACUCGAAUAUAGAUAUUUACAUUUAUCUUUGCGUGAACAUCUUGCGAAGGGUCAGAGGACCCUGGCAGGGGAGGGCAUGUCUCAGAUCGUGAGGAGUCUCCUGGAGUUAAUGUCCCGUAAGAAUUAUUAUAGCGGCGACCUCUUAUUCUCCGUGGAGAUUCUCCGAAAUGUGACGGACACCUUCAAACGAGCAACCUACAUCCCAGCUCCUGACGACGUGCAGAAAUUCUUCCAGAUUGUCAGCUUAAUGUUGGACAUUGAAAACCUUGAGAAGUGGGAAGACGCUCACCAGGUCUCUCCGGGUUCUAUGUUACUGAUGCGAGUUGUGGAAGACUUCAUUCAUCUAAUUGGAGAGGCUCAAAAGCCGUUCCAGAGCUUUCUGGUCGUCACCAACAACCUCAUAAUCACCAUCCAGCGAGAACCGGUUUCAGCUGUUUCAAGUGACAUCAAUUUCCCCAUGAAGGGGAGGAGAGGAAUGAAAGACUGGGCACGUUCUGCAGACGACAAACUCUUCAUCCCCAAAGAAGUCUUCACUCUGUCUUCUGAUGAAUCAGACGACACACCGUAUUUCGUCAUCGGAGCCAUCCUGUACCGCACACUCGGCCUCAUAAUGCCCCCACCAAAAGAUCCAUUCGUGAUCAUCUCGAAGAUUCUGACUGUGACGGUACGUCCUUUACCCAAGCCCACCGAGCCCUUGGUAUCAGUGGAACUCGCCCCUUUGCUCAAUGGCACAACGGAUCCUCAGUGUGUUGUCUGGGACUACGGAAACCCAGAGGCUGGCGAAGAAAACUGGGACGCAGAGAGCUGCCAAACGCUCCCAUCGCUGGCAGUCUCCCACACCAAAUGCCUGUGCAGCAAGCUGUCCACCUUUGCAGUGUUAGCGCAGAAAGCUAAAGAACCGGGUAUGGGGCCCUCCAGUAUGCCGUCUGUGCCCCUCAUGGUGGGCUGUGGCAUAUCCUGUACGGCUUUACUCAUUCUGCUGCUCAUCUACGCUGCCUUUUGGAGGUACAUUCGUUCAGAGAGGUCCAUCAUCUUGGUGAACUUCUGCCUGUCCAUACUGGCCUCCAAUGUGCUGAUACUGGUGGGACAGUCCCAAACUCUCAGUAAGGGACUGUGCACUGUGACUGUUGCCUUUUUGCACUUCUUCUUUCUGGCCUCUUUCUGCUGGGUACUGACAGAAGCAUGGCAGUCCUACCUGGCUGUGAUUGGCAAGAUGAGGUCCCGCCUCAUUCGCAAGCGUUUCCUGUGCCUGGGCUGGGGUCUUCCAGCCCUUGUGGUCGCUGUAUCUGUGGGUUUUACCCGGGCCAGAGGUUACGGCACACCAAGUUAUUGUUGGUUGUCUCUGGAAGGAGGGCUGCUCUAUGCUUUUGUCGGCCCCGCUGCUGUCAUUGUACUGGUGAACAUGCUGAUUGGGAUAGUGGUCUUCAACAAGCUCAUGUCUAGAGAUGGCAUCUCAGACAAGUCCAAAAAGCAGAGAGCAGGGGCAUCGUUAUGGAGCUCUUGUGUGGUUCUCCCUCUGUUGGCACUCACGUGGAUGUCAGCUGUGUUGGCCAUCACAGACCGCCGAUCAACCCUCUUCCAGGUGCUCUUUGCUCUCUUUGACUCAGUCCAGGGAUUCGUCAUCAUCACUGUGCACUGUGCCAUGCGCCGAGAGGUACAGGACGCAGUGCGCUGCAGGAUGGGUGGGUGCAAAGACGACAGUGAAAACUCUCCGGACUCCUGCAAGAACGGCCAGGUGCAGAUCAUGAGGAGCCCACACCAUCCGAGCCUCUACAGUCAGGAGCAGUGCGGCUCGCUCCGAUAUUCACCUGGGUGCUGCCAAGGCUGCCACCAAACCUGCACCGCCCACCCUCCUCUAGCCUUGGCCAAUCACAGUCAUGGACAUAACCAUAACCACACCCACAUUCUCCACCAGAACCACACUCAGACUCUAAACCACACCCACCUUCUCAAUCACAACCAUGCCCACAACCUCAACCACAACCAUGUCCAUAGUCUUAACCACACCCACACCUUGAGCCACAACCACUUGCAUACGCUUAACCACAACCAUGCCCAUGUUCUCCACCAGAGCCAGAGCCUUGUCUUGAAGCACAAUCACAUGACCACGGACUUUGAAAAAGAUGUGGACUUAGCGUGUCAAACAGAAAGAGGACACCCAUUCAUUUUUAAGGAGGUAAACACCUGUAACCCUGCUACCAUAACUGGCACUCUAUCCCGCAUCUCCCUGGACGAUGAGGACGACCCCAAGUUGGCAACUCAUCAGGAAGGUGUUAAUUUCAGCAGCCUGCCUGGGAACAUCCCACCCCCUAAUCUCCUGGUGCAGGUACCUCCUUUGGGUCCGCUGAAUGAGCUAAGUGAGCAGCCACUAAAGAAGGACGUUAAUGUGGAGCAACAAGGUCAGCAUCAACGAUCUGGACCCAUCUACCUGUGCACGGAGAGCGGGCUGGGUUGGGCCCGACCAAACCCUUCUUCCACCCAGGAUUCAGCUGGUGGUGGAGGUGGGGAAGGGGACUACAUGGUGUUGCCACGUCGGACAGUCAGUCUCAAGCCCCCUCCUCCAACCCAAGAUGAGGGGAAGCCCCUGAACAUUACACUAGACGACCCUCCAUUUCCUCCACCCCCUUCACCCAUGACUCUGCAUCCAGCAGAGAGUGAGGCAUACCCUGCAGACUUUGCAGCUGUGGACCACAUCAGCAUGAACCUAAACCGCUCCUACGGCACACUCAAACAGUUGCCGGCCCACACCGGGCACACGCAUUCCCACACCAACACCCACACCCUGCAGGUCAAGCAGAAUCGUCCCUCUGUCCGGCAGAUCCUCACCUCGGGAACAGUGGAGCGCACCAGAACCCUUCCCCGCAACCUGGGCAGCACCAACACCAGCCUCUCAGCUGGAUCUUUGGAAAGAAAAAGAGUACGGUACUCUGAGCUGGACUUUGAGAAAGUGAUGCACACUCGCAAAAGACACUCAGAGCUCUACCAUGAACUCAACCACUCCACCAAGUUCCACACCAUAGACAGAUAUAACAGGGACCCUGCCAUGUCCUCCUUCGAGAGGGAAAAGCGAUGGAGCAUUUCGUCUGCCGGAGGUGAAAAGAAUUCUUCGAGUGACAAGUCCACCACAGAUGACCAGCGAUCCUGGGACAGCUUUAAGACCAUGACCCCUGAGCAGACAUGUGGCUCCAGCGAACAUAAGGACAGACUGGAGUUACGCAGCAAACUCUGGGACACAUGCUCCGCCAACACACCUGACACAUCCGAAGGAGACUUCCAGACUGAAGUGUGAAGAGAACACACACCUACAACAAACUGAGAGACAACUAAACCCUCUUACGCACUCACGCUGUCGGUGAUCUUCAGCAAGACGUGUUCUAAAGGAUUCUGUACUUGUUUACAGGUGUGAGGACAGACCAGAGAUGAAGAGUGCUCUAUUCUAUAUUUUCACAGAGAGACAUUAAAUGAAAGAGUGGGGCCUGGAGAGUAUGGUAAAAAAAAAAAAACAUUUAACAAACUGUUUCUGAAAUGUCUUUCUCCUGUUUGAUGAUUUGGGAAUUUAAAAAAUAAUAUUUCUGCACCCUUCUUUUUAUAGAGGAACAACAACAAAAAAUCAAUACUGAUGAUUCGCACACAGUUUAAUAACCCCUUAGGGUUUUUUUCCUCCUUUCUGUCUUCUCAUUCCUUGGAUGAUUCAAGUUCAGUUUCCCUUUUUCUUGCUUUGUUUUUCGGGGAAGAGGGAGGGGAAGUUUUGAAAGUAUUCAUUAAUAUGUGCCAUCCUCUGCUUUUUUUUCCUCUGCAUCAGGUGUACUGUACUUACAUGCUUUUUAUAUUAUUUUAUUUAGAAUGCUUGUCCAUCUUUUUAUUUUAUUUUCUAAAUGUUUUUUUUUAUAUACCUAAACUUCAGGUAUCAUUUUAUGGGCGAAAGUAGGUCAUACCGCUGUGUGAUUGUGUUUUAAGUUUUUCAAAAUGCUUGACAGAAAUAAUUGUGCUAUACAGUAUGUGCGAUUUAUUGUCAAAUUUGCAUUCGUUCACACCAGGGAAGCAUCUUUGUUCCAUCUUACACAAAACAAGCAAAAGAAUCCACAUUCCAGUCAUAAGAAGCUUUGGUGUUCCAGAAUGGGCUUAUCCAGUAAGAGACACACUUCCAGCUGAGAACGUUUCCAUUUUGAACCAACACAAAGGUGCUGCUAAGUUUCCACAUUUGCUCUCCAUCUUAAUAUUGUGCUACAUGUCUGCUCUUGCAAAAAGUAGUUCUUUGUGAUGUUUUCAUUUGAAAACCAGUGACUCAACCAGUCAUCCUGAAUUGAUUUGGAUUUAUUUCUGCACUUCGACUGUGGAGUUUGACAGUUGGCUUAAUGCUAAGCAGACUGCAGAGGUCAUCUUUGCUAACCCGCUUCUCUUUAUAACCCGUUCAUUAGUUGUGUUGGCUGAUGUAACUCCACAUGGAGACUUGGAAAGCGAGACCGAGAGGGCGAACGAGGAAGAGAGAGGUGUGGUAAUUAUCUUGGGGGGAAUAACGAUUUGUCCUGACAUUUUCUUACUUGGCACAAAUUUAAUCUCCUCAAAAAGAUCCCUGAAGUCAGCAUAUCAUAUAGGCACAGAUGGCAAGACUAGAGCAUGCCAUUUCAACCUUUGCAAGUAAUCUGCUCUAAUGGGGAACAGGUGCUGCCUCGUCCCCAUGAAAUAUAUCUCCAAACCACCAUAGCAAUUAAAACUAGUUUUUCGUCUCCCUUCUCAUCCGCAGUCAAGAAAGACUGAAUAUUACUCUCGUAUUUGGGAAAGGCAAUAUUGCAUAAUCAAGAGUGCUGUUCGACUGAUAUUCAGUACUGUAGUGUGUUUGUGAUAUUGCUUUUAACAGUUCAGUAAACAAGAAGUUUUCUUUCUGACAAAAUUUUACCUUUUUUUUUUUUCCACUAAUGAAAUUAAUUCCUAAAGAAGGCCAGGAUACAAAAACUGGAACAGUACAAAGCCAGCUGUACUGUAUAGCACUCUUGGAACACAGGCCAGUCAAAUUUGAGGACCGGAACUAAAUGUUUAUAAUACGAAUUUUAAAAUUUGGAAUGUUUGGACUUUAGAUAAAAGAUUUGGUGAAAGGAAGUGAGGGAACUGUAACCUUGACUUGAAAGAUCAGUAUGAUAAAUCACACAGGUGAUUUGACUAUUUUAGUUAUAGAGUUCGCAACCACGCAGCUGUACGCAAACCCUGCUUUAUUUACAGUGCCUGUUUUGUUUUUGUUGCUCUUUUGUCUGAUGCAGCCAUCGACUGUUUCAACAUUUUGUCGUUCCACUCUAUUUCCGUAUCUGUAUAUGAGUGUUGGGUUUUUCAUAGAUGUUUACAGAGUCCUACUUAUUGAAGCUGGAGAAUUACACUCCAGAAUCCCACUAAACUAACUAUGUUUUGAACAGAUUUAUGUAUUGCUCUUUAAAAAAGGAAAAAAAAAAAAUCUUGAGAAUGGCCUUACAGUCACAUACAAUUUAUGAGAUAUGUAUUUUGAAUAUGUGCAUUGUGAGGAGGAUGAUCAGCUGAGUGUGGAUGUAUUGAAGAUUGAAGAUGUUUGCUUGGAUUUCCUGAUUCUUCAUGGCUUGACCUGUUUGAAACUUUUGGAUCCUCCCCCUGCCAGCACACACAAUCCCACUGGCUAAAGAAGAUGGCUAUCACAGAGAAUCCUCCUUGCACCAUUUAGGUUUUUUAUACAUAAGAUUGUACAAAGUAGUCCUCUACUGUUUUCAU